AUGCGCAUCCUGUGUGUUCUACUGGCAGUGGCAUGCUCAUCAGCGUUCGCUGGAAAAGUUAGUCCAACUCUAGGAGUAGACUACAGACGCCAGCCAUUGUAUAUGAAUAAGGAAGAGUUCCAAUGUCUGGAUGGAACUAAAAUUAUCCCCGCUAACCAAAUCAAUGAUGAUUAUUGUGAUUGCCCAGAUGGAAGUGAUGAACCAGGAACUUCUGCUUGCCCACAAGCUGUUUUCUUCUGUACUAAUGUAGGACAUGAGGGUUACUACAUCCCUUCUUCUCGAGUUAAUGAUGGCAUUUGCGAUUGUUGUGAUGGAAGUGAUGAAUAUCAAAGCAAUAGUUGCCAAAAUAUUUGCGAUGAACUCGGACGAAGCGCUCGUGAAGAGAGGGAACGCAAAGCGACAGUAGCUCGCAAUGGAUUCAAAAUCCGACAAGAGAAGGCUCUGGAGGCGCAGAAACUUAAGAAGGAGAAGGAAGAGAGUGUUAUUCCUCUUCGCGCCGAGAAGGAUUCACUCCAGCCACAAAAACAAGAGCUCGAACGUAUUAAGAAGGAAGCUGAAGACAGAGAGAAGGCUUUGACUGACGCUCACAGAGACAAAUGGAUUGCUGAGAAGUUUGAGAAGAAAAAGUCUGCCGCUCUUGGAUGGUUCGUGGACCUCGAUAAGAACGAAGAUAGCCAAGUUUCUGUCGCUGAGUUACAACAGUUGCCUUACUUAGACUCUGAUUUAGAUGGCAAAGUAACCGAAGAAGAAGCUAAGCAUUUCUUGGGUGACGUCGAUGCUGUUGACUUCAGUACAUUCACAUCUACUGUAUUCGAUAAUCUGAAGCAGUCCAAGAAAACUCAUGAGGCCGAUAAGAAGGAAAGAUCCUCCGAUGAUCUUGUCGCAGAUGAAGACAAAGUCGAAGACUUGAGUCAAGACGAAGAGGAUAACGACGAUGACACUAUGCCCCCACAUGACGAAGAAACUCAGCACGCCAUCGAAGCUGCCGAUUCCGCUCGUAAAGCCUUUACUGACAUGGAAAUCAAGGUUAAUACUCUUGAGUCACAAAUAAGAGAGGCUGAAACCUUCUUGAACGAAGAUUACGGAAGCGAUUUGGCUUGGGUAGCAUUAAAGGGUCACUGUUUCGAGCUUAACGAUCUUCAAUACAUUUACAAAGUCUGUCCCUUCGACAAAACUAUUCAAAAAGAUAAGAAUGGACAUGGCGAAACUAAUCUUGGAUAUUGGAAGUCUUGGAAUGGACAAGCCCCUAGAAAAUACACAGGUCAGAAAUAUGAUGAAGGUCUUCAAUGUUGGAAUGGACCUAAAAGAUCUACUCAGGUGUUCAUCGAAUGCGGAGAGCAGAACGAGCUAUACGAAGCCAGCGAGCCUGCUAAGUGUGAAUAUCAAUUCAAAUUCCGUACUCCAAUGGCUUGCAAUGAUCCAGAUAAGGAGGAGCCUAUGCAUACGGAGCUGUGA